CAUCCACUCAUCCACCCCAUCCACUCAUCCACCCCAUCCACCAGUCACAAUUCACCAUUUACCCUAACAAAAUCUUGGAACUUUCUUGAUCCUCCCUUCUUAUUAUCAUCCCUUCUCCUCCCCCUUCUCCUCCCCCUUCUCCCGCCUUUCUCCCUCCUUUCUCCCUUUUCUUUACCACCUCCUCGGGAGAAUACAAAAUAGAUUCCAUUCUACCCACCUUUUUACUAGAAUAAUUAAUUGUAUUACCAGCAAAUGCAUAUCGAAACAAAUUAUACAGAAAUAUUUUCAUUUCACGGCAAGAACCUGAUGCGCCCAUCUAAGAAUCACCAAAAGUUACAUCGAAAUUAUCGUUCCCAAAUUCGUGCUGACGCUGAACGUCGACGUGGUGCACCAUGAAUCAAUCACAGAUACAACAGAAAUCAGCCAUAACUACAAUUCGAGGGUUUCAAACUCCUGCUGCUUCAGGAGAUGAAGAUUCCGAUUAUGGCUGCAAUACCCCAGCACGAUACAAUCCAAAAAUCAGUGAUGUUGUCAGCGCAAACUGCAGCCCGUCAUUGAAACCAUUCAAGUCUCCGGGGAUGGGUGGCAUUAGUCAGUUGAAGCUACAACUCGAUAUGCUGAAUUUGGAGAACGAAUCCAGGACAAAUUCUCUGGUGCGCAGCCAAAUUCAAUCUCUACCACAAAGCAGUACAGCAACGACGUCUGACGACUUGAGCGAUGAUGAACGAUCCGAUAGCACAACUUACGAGAUCCCUUUGGAACACGAUUUUGUUAGUGAAAGUGUGCGUGCAGAGCCAAUGCUGGGCGCAAUUGAAGGAGGUUUGGUUCAGGAUACAAUUGCGAGGAAGAUGGCUGCAGAUGAUUUUGAAUCUUUGCGAUGUUUAGGAAAGGGAACAUUUGGGACUGUCAUUUUGGUGAAGCAACGUACAACGGGGACAUUGUUCGCUCAGAAACAAUUCAAAAAGGCAUCUCUGACAGUUCACAAGAGACUGGUGGAGCAGACAAAGACGGAAAGAAGCAUUCUCGAAAGCGUAAACCGACAUCCCUUCGUCGUCAAGUUAUUUUAUGCAUUCCAGGACCACGAGAAAUUAUACUUGAUCUUGGAAUAUGCACAGGGAGGAGAAUUAUUUACUCAUCUGGCAAGAGACCGUAUGUUUUCCGAGGAAGUCGCUUCAUUUUACAUGGCGGAGAUGGUUUUGGCUUUGGAGCACCUUCAUCGUAAUCUUGGAGUUGUCUAUCGCGAUCUCAAACCUGAGAACUGUCUGCUGGAUGCCGAAGGUCAUUUACUUCUCACCGAUUUCGGACUAAGCAAAGUCGCCGUUGACGAAAAUGAUAAAUGCAACUCACUGUUGGGAACUGUUGAAUACAUGGCACCUGAAAUUAUUCUCGGCCAAAAAUACGGAAUGGCUGUCGAUUGGUGGUCUUUUGGCGCUCUCGGGUUCGACUUAUUGACAGGCAGCCCACCCUUUCAAGGGCAGAAUAAUAAAAUUAUACAGGACAGGAUUACGAAGCAAAAGCUUGCCAUGCCUUAUUUUCUAGGACCAGAUGCCAAAGAUUUGUUGACUCGUCUUCUUCGCAAGGAACCCAACAAACGACUUGGAGCUCAUAUGCCAAAGGACCUGGUCACUAUCAAAAAACAUCGAUUCUUUCGCCGUAUUAAUUGGCAGAAACUCGCAAAAAGAGAAGUCGAAGCCCCCAUCAAACCAUUUAUUACAGAUCCGGAACUUGCGGAGAACUUUGCGGAUGAUUUCACUGAGCUCUCUUUGAGUCCUGUAAUUUCUAGUCACAAUGGUGUACCAUGGAGUGCGUCUUCUGCGAAUGAGGAUAAUCCUUUUGGUGGAUUUAGUUAUGUUGCAAGUCAAAGUUUAUUGGAUUCGAAUGGAUUUUUAGAAAUGCAUCGGAACAAAGUAGCGACCUGAAUUUGGGUUACUACCAAUGAGAAUGAAUAUCUCACGGUCUGCGGCGAGUCUUACGUCCUGUAUUUGGAGUUGUUUUGGGAGCACCCUGGGGUGUUUCAUAUUUUAUUGGGUAUUCUGUAUUACGGAUGAGAAAUACAUUAGAUCAUGAUCAAAUUGGUAGAUCACAUAUGUUCAUCGGCGUUGUUGUCAAGAAAUAGAAGACUAGGAAACGAGGAAAAGUUGGCGGCGAUUAUGGAUUUUAUUCUGCGUGGGUGUUGGGACUUUUGAAUGGGUUUUUCAUAAGAUUGGUAUUAAGAUAUGCACAAUUGUGAUUUUAGUCAUCCUUUCCUUUCCUUUCCAUGUCUUUUCCCCGC